AUGGAGCUGCCAGGUACAAUCAGGAAACGUUUAGGAGACUUCUCUAGGACUGUAUUUACCGAACAGAAUCGAACCCAGCUUUCGCCCGAAGAGCAAGCUAAAUUCUUAGGACAUGACAGUGACGUUGUAUCGAGUCUUCCUCUACAAAUGUCCCUGUUCUUCAAUCUCUGCUUUUUCCCCUUAUGGUGGGUUUGCGAGGUUGUCAUGCUGCACCUGAAGUACCCUGUGCUUCCUGACUACUACAAAUUCAUUCUCAUCACUGUCCUCAUUAUAAUGACCCUAAUUGAGGCCAUCAGACUCUAUCUGGGUUAUGCAGGAAAUCUGCAAGAAAAGGUGCCAGAGCUGGCAGGGUUCUGGCUGCUUAGUCUGCUACUGCAAUUCCCAUUGGUUCUGUUCCAACUCUUCAAUGAAGCCAUUCUCAUCCAGCCUCUAGAGAGAGGGGUUCACAUAGUGCUGGCUCUCUUCCUACUGACACAGGCUGUCUCGGGGUUUGUGACACUUCGUGCAAUGGUGAGGCAUAGUGAGAGCCACUUCCACCUCAGACAGUUUGAUGGACUGCAGGAUCUCAGACCUUGACCAUCUGAUGUGGCCUGUUCGACCGACUGAGGAUGUCAAAUAGAUAACUACCAUUGGGAGUGUGUUUAAGAUCAUGGGGUUUUGUUUUAUGUUUUGUUGCAAUGAU